AAAUGACAGCCGGCAACAUUUGACGUGAAGGACUUGACAGUCCAUUGUGUAAAUCUAAAUUUUUGUUUUUUAUAAAAACACGUGUGUCUGAGCGCUUUUUUCCAAAAAUCGGAAAUUAAAAUGGAAGAAAAUGUAGCCUUAGACUCAGAAAAACAAAAAAAGUUUGUAAAAUCUAUCAGAGGUAUUAAAAAAUUGAUCAAAAAAAAUGAAGGAAAAGCUGAGCCACCGAAGAAAAAUGAGGAAGCCGAGAAAAAGCCGUUCAGUAUGAGACUGAAGGGCGGAAAGAUUAACAAAAAGAAAAGACGUAAGGAAAGGGGCCUGGUUUAUUUAUCUCAUAUUCCACAUGGAUUUUACGAGCAUCAAAUGACUGAGUACUUCAAGCAGUUUGGUGUAGUUACCAACGCCAGAGUGAUUAGAUCCAAACGGACAGGAAACUCCAAAGGUUAUGCCUUUGUGGAAUUCAAAGAGCCAGCAGUGGGUCAAAUUGUUGCUGAAACUAUGAACAAUUAUCUCAUGGGGAAAAGAUUAAUCAAAGCCGAGUACAUACCUCCUGAAAAACAAAAACGCGCAUUCAGAAAGCACUGGAAUAGUGUUAACAAUCCAACCAGUCAGUUAAGGCUGACAUCAAAGAAGGAAUUUAAUACAGAUAAAGAUGAUGCUGGAGAACUUAAAAGGGCUAGCAAAAUCUUGUCUAACUUAAAUAAGACUAAGGAGAAACUUAGUAAAGUGGGAAUAAAUUAUGAUUUCUUUGCACCAGUAGAUGUGCCACAAGCACUGAUAGAUGAUAUGGUAAAGCCAGAAAACCAAAAUAAUGAUGGUAAUCAAGAGAUCCAGCCCAAACAAGCUAGAUUUGGUUUCCCAGACAGAAACAAAAAAGAAGUAAAGAAGAAUGAUGAAAAUAAGAAAAAAACCGCGGAACCUAAACCAAAAAAGAAGAAAGAUGUUGAUUACAAAACCCAAAAAGAAAAGGAAGAAAGGUUAAAGAGAGCUGGUGUGCUACCACCAAAAUUUAUAAGAGUAUCAUGUGAUUCUUGUGACGAUAGUGACGGUUCGAUGGAAUAUGAUAAACUACUAGAUAAAAGUCGUGGCGGCUCAUCAUAUGCGAGUGAUGAAGAAGACGAUUCAGAAAAUGAUGAUGCUGCAAGUGAUGAUGCUACAAGUCCAUCAGAUAGUGAUGAUGAUGAUGACGACGAGGAUGACGAUGAUGAAGUACCCCCAAAAAAGAGACCUAGAGGAAGGCCACCAGGAAAAAAAGUAGCUCAAAGAGGUCGACCAAAAAAGAAGGAUACAAGGAAGCAUGUUGAAGUUAAACGUAAAAUGCCUCGGAAUAUGUCACCCAAGAAAGCCAAAUAUGAGAAACAUGGCCAAAAGCCGAUGAAGAAAGCUUAUAGAAAGAAACAUUAAUGGUAUUCAUGAAUAAAGAAAUUUUCAAGAAACAA